CUCUCAUCAAAAUGUGGCUUCUUAUUUCGUGCCUGUUUAUGAUCGCCUUUCUGGGCGAAGCAAAUUGGAACAGACAAUUCAGCAGUUUGAAAGAUCUAUCAAGUGUCAGGGAUGCAUCAGACGGUCUUAACCAGGAGAAUUGCUCAUUAAUUGAGCUAUACAAGCAGCUGGAUAAUGCCUUAUCAGUAACUGUGCGUCCGACUAAUGAUUCUGAAACUCCAACAUUUGUAGAUAUUAAUAUGGUCUUAUUUGCCAUCGUAAAAAUGGAUAUGUCUUUGCAGUCUAUAACUACAUAUAUCUGGUUAUCAAUGGAAUGGACAAAUAACUUCUUAUCAUGGAAGCCAGAAAACUAUUGUGGAAUUGAUAAUAUGAUUGUUCCUGAUACAGGUUUCUGGAAACCAGACAUCUACAUCAGUGAAUUAACUAAAUUGGAUGAAAACCUUAUGAUUUCCUAUUACAUGCUCCAAGCUGAUGGACAAAUGACACAGACAAAGCCAUUACGGAUUAUUACUACCUGCAACUUAGAUAUUUCUAAGUUUCCCUUUGACACGCAAACUUGUAACAUGACUUUCACUACCUUUGUCUACCCAGGUAUGUUUGGAUGGCUUAUAGGAAUCUGUAAUAUACAGUCUUUGGUUCUAGAUAAAUGA